UGGGAGACAGCGGCGUGGCGGCGGCUGUGGCGGCAGCGACGGCGAGCCGUGCGGCGGCCGGAGGGUUUCCGGUUCCGGUGUAACGUUCGGGCUCCGUCUCAGGGGCUGAAGUUUGUGAGGUGCAGUAUUGAGUCCCAUUUGAGUGAUCCUUCUUUUUCCCCAAAGAAUGGCACUGUCGAAGAGGGAGCUGGAUGAGCUGAAACCAUGGAUAGAGAAGACGGUGAAGAGGGUACUGGGUUUCUCAGAGCCCACAGUGGUCACAGCUGCAUUGAACUGUGUGGGGAAGGGCAUGGACAAGAAGAAGGCAGCCGACCAUCUGAAGCCUUUCCUUGAUGAUUCUACUCUCCGAUUUGUGGACAAACUGUUUGAGGCUGUGGAGGAGGGCCGAAGCUCUAGGCAUUCCAAGUCUAGCAGUGACAGGAGCAGAAAGCGAGAGCUCAAGGAGUUCCAGGAAGCGCUCGCCCCUGGCUGAGGAUAUGUCCUUGCAAAACACGAGCCCUCCUAGUGAAGAGGGGAUGUCACCCAAAGCCUACCACCGGAGGUGUUUGGUGACGACUCUGAGAUCUCCAAGGAAUCAUCAGGAGUGAAGAAGCGGCGGAUACCCCGUUUCGAGGAGGUAGAAGAGGAGCCAGAGGUGAUCCCUGGGCCUCCAUCAGAGAGCCCCGGCAUGCUCACUAAGCUUCAGAUCAAACAGAUGAUGGAGGCAGCAACACGGCAAAUCGAGGAGAGGAAGAAACAGCUGAGCUUCAUCAGCCCCCCUGCAGCUCAGGCAAAGACGCCUUCUUCCUCCCAACCAGAGCGCCUUCCAAUCGGCAACACCAUUCAGCCCUCCCAGGCUGCCACCUUCAUGAAUGACGCCAUCGAGAAGGCGAGGAAAGCCGCUGAACUGCAAGCCCGCAUCCAAGCCCAGCUGGCCCUGAAGCCAGGGCUCAUUGGCAACGCCAACAUGGUGGGCCUGGCCAAUCUCCAUGCCAUGGGCAUUGCUCCCCCGAAGGUGGAGUUAAAAGAUCAAACUAAACCCACACCCCUGAUUCUAGAUGAGCAGGGCCGCACUGUCGACGCGACAGGCAAAGAGAUCGAGCUCACGCACCGCAUGCCAACUCUGAAGGCCAAUAUUCGCGCCGUGAAGAGGGAGCAGUUCAAGCAGCAGCUCAAAGAAAAGCCAUCAGAAGACAUGGAGUCCAAUACAUACUUUGACCCCCGGGUUUCAAUUGCCCCUUCCCAGCGCCAGAGACGCACUUUUAAAUUCCAUGACAAAGGCAAAUUUGAGAAGAUCGCCCAACGAUUACGGACAAAGGCUCAACUGGAGAAGCUUCAGGCAGAGAUCUCACAAGCAGCUCGAAAAACAGGCAUCCAUACUUCAACUAAGCUGGCCCUCAUUGCCCCUAAGAAGGAGUUAAAGGAAGGAGAUAUCCCUGAAAUUGAGUGGUGGGACUCUUACAUCAUCCCCAAUGGUUUUGACCUUACAGAGGAAAAUCCCAAGAGAGAAGAUUAUUUUGGAAUCACAAAUCUUGUUGAACAUCCAGCCCAGCUCAGCCCUCCAGUGGACAACGACACACCAGUGACCCUGGGGGUGUAUCUCACCAAGAAGGAACAGAAGAAACUUCGCAGGCAGACAAGGCGGGAAGCUCAGAAGGAACUCCAAGAGAAAGUCAGGCUGGGCCUGAUGCCUCCUCCAGAGCCCAAAGUGAGAAUUUCUAAUUUGAUGCGAGUAUUAGGAACAGAAGCUAUUCAAGACCCCACGAAGGUAGAAGCCCAUGUCAGAGCCCAGAUGGCAAAGAGACAGAAAGCGCAUGAAGAGGCCAACGCUGCCCGAAAACUUACAGCAGAACAGAGAAAGGUCAAGAAAAUUAAAAAGCUUAAAGAAGACAUUUCACAGGGGGUACACAUAUCUGUAUAUAGAGUUCGCAAUUUGAGCAACCCAGCCAAGAAGUUCAAGAUUGAGGCCAAUGCUGGGCAGCUGUACCUGACGGGGGUGGUGGUACUGCACAAGGAUGUCAACGUGGUAGUAGUGGAAGGGGGCCCCAAGGCCCAGAAGAAAUUUAAGCGUCUUAUGCUGCAUCGGAUAAAGUGGGAUGAACAGACCUCAAACACGAAGGGAGAUGACGAUGAAGAAUCUGAUGAGGAAGCAGUGAAGAAGACCAACAAAUGUGUGCUGGUCUGGGAGGGUACAGCCAAAGACCGGAGCUUUGGGGAGAUGAAGUUCAAACAGUGCCCUACAGAGAACAUGGCUCGGGAGCAUUUCAAAAAGCACGGGGCAGAACACUACUGGGACCUUGCACUAAGUGAAUCUGUUCUGGAGUCCGCCGACUGAGACUACUGCAAGCCCUGGCCUCUGCCCACUUCCUUGGUCCCCUCAGUCCUCUCCCUUAUUCCACAUCCCCUUCCACCCCCACGUGUGUGUGUGAUCUCAAGAACUGUGCCAAGCAGACACGGACAGAGGGAGAGCUUCCUCCCUUCUGCCGUCAGCCUGGUGCUUCCCUUUACUCCCCUUCUGUGCAUAUGAUUAAAGAGUUAUUUUUAAAUUUGGGAUGAUAUUUUUCACACACUC